CUCGCCACGCUCAGUCAGCGCUCAGUCGAUCUAAAGCAACGCGCGUUGUAACCGACCUCUAGACUUUUUUAUUUUAUCGCAAAAGACGCGCGAGUCGCGUUCCAAUUUCCAAAUUAUAUUCUUAAUUAUUGAUAUUAUAUAUAAGUCUUCCGAGUUCGUUCGUUUUAGAACGAAUCUUUCGAAGAUUAAGACUGCAGUGUCCUACAGUGAACGUUAUCAGCUGAUCGCCCAAAUUUCGUGUUAAUUUAGUGCAAACAUACGAUCCGCUGAACGUUCGGAAAUUUAAAUGUUAAUGUAAAAAAUCUUAAAGAGAAAGAAAAAUAUCGAAUAGCAAGUAAUGCUUUGUAGAAAUAUAAAUUAAUAACGUUAAAGUCUGUUAAACAAAAUGACGACGGAGGCCCAAGAGUAUAUGAAUGGAAUAAGGAGGCCUGGACCCUUAACGAGAGAAAUACCAGAAUGUAUGCGUGAUAAAUACACAAUAAUACAGACAGUUUUGGACGUACUAGCAUUUUUAAUGCUUGCGAUCGGUUAUGUAAUUCAAGGAAUAUAUAGGUCAAUAGUUGGUAUUCCGAAGAAAGAUCUAAAAGGGAGUAUAGCGCUUGUGACGGGUGGAGGCGGUGGCCUUGGGAGCCUUAUUGCCCUGCGGCUUGCCAGGCUCGGAUGCAUCAUCGUUUUAUGGGACAUCAACAAAAAAGGGUUAGAAGACACUGAAAAACUAGUCAAGGGGUUGGGCGGAAAGUGUUUCGGAUACGUAGUAGAUCUCGCCAGCAAGGAUGACAUCUACCAGGUCGCAAAGAAAGUCGAGAAGGAAGUUGGCAGGGUUACAUUACUUAUCAACAAUGCUGGAGUAGUGUCAGGCCAAUAUCUGCUAGACACGCCGGACUACCUCAUACAAAGAACGUUUGACGUCAACAUCUUGGCGCAUUUCUGGACUGUUAAAGCGUUCCUGCCAGCAAUGAUGGAACACAAUGAUGGUCAUAUUGUUACCAUUGCGUCAAUGGCUGGACAGGUCGGAGUGGCGAAACUUGUAGACUACUGCUCUUCGAAGUCAGCUGCUUGCGGUUUUGAUGAGGCGCUGAGAUUAGAAUUAGAAGUCAAAGGAGUCAAAGGCGUGCACACGUCACUCAUAUGCCCUUAUUUCAUUCGUGCGACCGGAAUGUUUGAAGAGGUCAACUCAAGAUUUGUGCCAACACUGAGUUCGAACGAUGUAGCUGACCGAGUGAUACUAGCGAUCCGCACCAACGAACCUCUAGCGGUUAUACCUGCAUACUUUCGACUACUGCUGCCUUUUAAAUGGAUCGUGCCAUGGCCGUGUAUAUCAGAACUGAUUCGCGGCUUAGUACCAGACGCGGUGCCCGCACCCAUCCCUAUGCCAGAGCACACGCGUGAGACCAAACACAUACUCGCCACACCAAGCAAAUGCGAGUCUCGCCCGAUGUCGCUUGCCUCCCCGCCAGCGAGACACGAUCGGCAAGUGUGACCGCGACUUUACGUAUAUACUAUAAAACAUUUAAGCAAAUGUUGGCUAUUUCAUUUGAAUCUUUAUACGUUUUAUUGUAAUGUUUUGAAAUUAUUUUUUAAAUAUUAUCAUAAACAUAUUAUAGUUAUUUAACUAACUAUCAUCAUGAAAAUAUAUUAGGGGACAAUUUGAAUUUUGUACUUAACUUGGUAAGCAACUUUUUUGUACUUAACAGUAAGCGUAAAAUGGAUUUUACAUACUUUAAAAUAUAUGCAAACUCGAGGACCAUUUCUAGUUGCCUUUUAAAUGCCUUACUGAAUAAUAGUAGAUGCCUAUAUAAGUGUAACAAAGUGUAACAAAUAAAGCUUAUGAUUUUAUAAUUAACGUUUUUAUAACUUCAAAGGGUAAUUUUAAAGUAAACAUGGAAUAUUUUAAUUUCUCACAAAUUAAUAUUUUAAGUUUAGUAACAUAAUUAAAGAUAUAAUUUUGUUUGUAAAAGGGGUACCGUGUUAGUCAUAUUGUGAUUUUUAGUUAUAUAAUAAUUUGAAAAAAAAAAAUAUUAAGAUUUAUUCAUGUUGUAUUAUUUGAUUAUAAUAUAGUAUCGGAGAAAAAACGCAGUUCCUUAAUAUAUCAACUUAGUAUACUACCACCGAGGUAAUGCCUUGUAAUGUUGUGGUCUGGUAUGUUUGAGUGCGCAUUUGCACGUUCAGGAACAACGUAUAUACAUUUUUUAUAUUUGGCAACACUUCCCUAGAAAUACAAAAAAAUAUAUUAACUUCAAUAAAAUCUGCGACAACAUUUGGAACCAUUAUAUGUUUUAUUAUAUUUACAUAAGGAAUUAAACAAUAUUUGGCUGUUAUUAAGUAGGUAAAGAUUAUCUCUGUAAUAAAUAUAAUUGGAUUUUAAUGUUCUUAUUUGAUAUUAAAUUAUUUGAAGCCUUUCUUAUAAACGUUAUUUAGCAAGUGAUUAGUUAAAUACUACUGUGACUUCUUGUUUUGAAUGUCAAAUAAAAAAUGUCAGAAAAAGAUUAAUCAAUGUACAACUUCACAGCCGCUAAGGCAACUUUUAUAAGGCCGUUAGUUUCUAAAAACAAUUUAUAAUAAUACUGUUAUAAAACAAAUUAACUAGCCUCAUGUAUUCAUUCGAUAUUGUUACCAAAAUUAAAUAUACAGCAUCAUGAAAGGGUUUUAAACGUGUAUAGUCAAAAACGGCUAUCUGCGGUUCUACUCUAUAAUUUUUUUGUCUUUGUAUGUUAUUAAUGUUGAAUGUUAUAAAUUAAUUAAUGUCAUUGUCGCCUAUCACUUUUUGUCAUUUUUCGAUUGUUCUCUGCAAUGAGUUUACCUUACUUCACAACGUAAUCAUUUUUAAUUAAAAUGAAAUAGAAUUGGUGUAAUUACAUUGUUCAAUUAUUAUCUGUAGUAGGUAUUAUAAUAAUGACACCUCAUUCAGUUGUAUUUUAUGUCACAGAGGUUAAUAAUCAAAAUUGCUCAAUUACAAAAUAUACAUAUCUAUAGGUAUUGUUUGUAAAUAUAGGUUUAACGUUUUUUUUUCCUUUAUUAGGCAUGAGGUCUUCCGUAUAAGAACAUGAAUUGAUCGAAGGAAUGAUAGAUCACUAAAUAAUGUGAUAUAAUUAUAACAUAGAGAUUGUAUUGUAUCGGAUAUGAAUUGUCUUUAUGUAAGUUAAUUUUAAAAGAUGUUUUUAAUAAUAUUUUGUAUGAGUUUCAAAUAGCAAGUGUUCUUCCGCAUUUUCAAAGUUGUACACAAUUAAAAUCCAUGACUUAUAUGAAGCCAAUUAUAGUUAUUAAGCAUCGAUGUAAGUGUACUUGCGAUACCUAGUAUCAUGCACGCCGCGAAGCGGGUGCAAGGGGGUGCACUUGCACAAAUUGCUGUCAUAAAAGAAAAUACACAGACAGUGUAUUAAGUUUUUUUUUAUUAUUUAAGAAAGUGACUUAAGGCGUCUUUGUUUUUGUCGAAAUUUGUUCAAGGCUUUUUUAUUUAUUGAGUAUACACUAUCAUUUUCCUGUGAAAUCUGUAGGUACUACUACAUGAACUAUUUUGCAUUAAUAUUAUAUUGUAUUAGUAAUAACUAAUAGCUUAAUAUCAAUAUGCAGAUACACCUCCUUGAAAAUAAUCCUGCCGGCGCCCAUGGCUCGUAUUGUUUUACUUGGUACUCAUUUUUGUGGAAGGUAAAAAAAAUAUACGGGAAAUUGAUUUAAUACGAUGAGAAAUAAAUAUGGAAACUAAAA